AUGGCCCGUACGAAGCAGACUGCCCGUAAAUCCACUGGAGGCAAGGCCCCAAGAAAACAGCUGGCCACCAAGGCUGCCCGAAAGAGCGCCCCAGCUACCGGCGGUGUAAAGAAACCUCACAGAUACCGACCCGGAACCGUGGCUCUGAGA